AUGCUUAUACUGGUGACUGGCGCGGCAGGUUUCAUCGGAAGUCACACGGUCCUUGAGUUGCUGGAGUCCGGCUAUGACGUGCACUGCAUAGACAACUUUGCUAACGCGAUACCAGGGAAUACAAGUCAAGCAUAUAUGAAUAUUUCAGAGUAGUUGAUGAAAAAAAAAAUACCGCAUCUUGAACUCCCCCUUCGAAAGUUUGAGUGUGUUCUGCAAAAUAACAGCGGUCAUUUUUCAUGCAAGAUAUAGCAUUUUCAGAUGCCGAUGGCAACGCGAUAUCUCUACUACGUGUCUCAGAAAUUGUUGGAAAACCAGUGCCCUUCGAGGAUUGCGACGUCUGCGAUGAAGUUGCCCUGGAAAAGAUUUUCUCAGCGGUUUGCUCAGUGUUUUCUAUGAAAGAUUACAUGAAUUUUCAGCGAAAUUUCGACGGGGUCAUCCAUUUGGCCGCUCUGAAGUCUGUCGGAGAGUCAGUCUCCAAACCGCUCGACUAUUACGCCAACAAUCUCGUAGCCAGUUUGAACUUGAUCAGGGUUCGUAAAUUCAAAGCUUGAUUCAAUGUUAGGAUGGAAAAAAAAUUCUUGUGAAAGUUCUGAGUGUAGAAUCAUCACGAAAGAGCCUAGCGAUAAGGUGAAUGCUCCAAUUCGUUUUUAAAAAAUUACUUCGUUAGUAUCAAGUGAAAAUUAUUGGAAAUAGAGAAUUUUCUUUUGCUCAAUUGCUUAUUCAGCUUUCAAUUUUCAACAACGUCAUUUAGUCUUUGAGAAAACGCUUGAUUUGCGCUGAAUUUGUAGGUUUGGUCAUUUUAGCAGCACAAACCAAGUUUUAUAGAGUCUAGAUUUAACGCCGUAAAUUAAAGGUGUAUAUUUCACUAAACAACACAUAGGUUAAAUGGAGUUUUGGUCGGAGAAAUGAGAGAAAAGUAUGAAAAAAUUUCGAUUCCUCAUAAGUUGAAUAGUUCAGCCAAAGAACUAAGGAACUCUAACAAUUGGUUGUUUUCCAAAUACUGUCAUUUGCUUUCGAAUGAUUCCUCUUUUACAGAUGUGCUUGAAAUACAACGUGAAAAACUUCGUUUUCUCAAGCAGCGCGACAGUCUACGGACCCCCAUCAGAGCUUCCUAUAACAGAAAAGAGCACAACUGGACAGGGAAUCACGAAUCCCUAUGGCCAGACUAAGUAUAUGAUGGAACAGAUUCUGAUCGACGUCGGAAAGGCGAAUCCUGUAAGUUUUUCCCGGAGACUUCUGAUUUGAAUGUUUCUCUAGGACUGGAACAUUGUUCUUCUGCGCUAUUUCAAUCCGGUAGGCGCGCACAAAUCGGGCAGAAUCGGCGAAGAUCCCAAAGGCGUACCCAACAAUUUGAUGCCGUUCGUCAGCCAGGUCGCCAUUGGCAAAUUGCCGGCUCUGACCAUUUAUGGCGACAAAUUCGACACUCCCGACGGAACUGGUGUUCGAGAUUACAUCCAUGUGGUGGAUCUUGCCAAGGGACACGUCAAGGCUCUCGACCGUAUCAAAAAAGAAGGUUUUUCUGAUUCGAGUGAACGCUUUUAUCGAUUUACUCUCAAGGUAACGUUGGAACGGAGAUCUACAACUUGGGUACUGGAAAAGGUUAUUCCGUGAAAGAUAUGGUCACUGCUCUGGAAAAAACCAGUUCCAAGAAGAUUGCCGUUCGUGUGGGUUUCUUUCUUGAUUUCCAGUGAUUUAUAAAAAAAAAUAACAGAAAAUAACUAAAACUGUAACCGUAUUUUUUUAUCUUUAAAUUUGCUCAUGAACACUUUUUGCGACGCGGCUUUUUGGUGGAAAAAAAUCGAGGUCAAAACAAAAUCGUUUAGAAAUUAUAUAUUAAAAAAAGAAAGGAUGUUUUUUACACUUUAUUCUGCUAUCGAUUCGUCUUAAAUUUCAAAAAAACACAGGAAAUAAAGUUUUAUUGAAAAAAUUGAUCAAAAAAAGUAGGCGAACUUCUUUUGAAAGCUAGAAUGGAUUUCAUCUUGAGUCAAAACUUGGGAAAACUUAAAAUAAUUACGCAAUAGAGCGGAAAAAUGACAUGAGAAUUUCAGUUAAGUUAAAGAGGUACACAAAAAGUUGAACUUCCGAAGUGGAUUUCAGAUAGGCGAACCACGUCCUGGCGACGUCGCCUCAGUGUACUGCGACCCGUCUCUGGCCGCCGAAAAGCUUGGCUGGCGUGCCGAGUUCGGUCUCGAAGACAUGUGUCGCGACCUUUGGAACUGGCAGUCUCAAAAUCCCAAUGGAUUUGCUAACUAA